GCCCUUCCGGGAGAGGAGCGGCCAUGGCGGCGGCGCCGGCACUGAAGCACUGGCGCACGACGCUGGAGCGGGUGGAGAAGUUCGUGUCCCCACUCUACUUCACGGACUGUAACCUCCGCGGCAGGCUCUUCGGAGACAGCUGUCCGGUGACCGCGCUCUCCAGCUUCCUGACGCCCGAGAGGCUCCGGUAUCAGGAGGCAGUUCAGCAGCACUUCCGCCCGGCCCAGGUCGGCGACAGCUUCGGACCCACAUGGUGGACCUGUUGGUUUCGGGUGGAACUUAACAUCCCAGAAAUGUGGGUAGGCCAGGAAGUUCACUUUCGCUGGGAAAGUGAUGGAGAAGGCCUGGUGUGGCGUGAUGGGGAACCUGUUCAGGGUUUGACCAAAGAGGGAGAGAAGACCAGUUAUGUCAUCACUGAUAAGCUGGGGGAAGAAGACCCCCGGAGCCUGACCCUCUACGUGGAAGUAGCGUGCAAUGGGCUCCUGGGGGCCGGGAAGGGCAGCAUGAUCGCAGCCCCUGACCUCGAGAAGAUGUUCCAGGUGAGCCGGGCCGAAUUGGCUGUUUUCCACUGCGAUGUCCACAAGCUCCUGGUGGAUCUGGAGCUGCUGCUGGGUGUGGCCAAGGGCCUUGGAGAAGACAACCAGCGAAGCUUCCAGGCCUUGUACACAGCCAACCAAAUUGUGAAUGUCUGUGACCCUGCCCAGCCAGAGACCUUUCCGGUGGCCCAAGCCCUAGCAUCCAAGUUCUUUGGCCAGCAUGGAGGUGAAAGUCAGCACACCCUCCAUGCCAUAGGGCACUGCCACAUUGAUACAGCCUGGCUUUGGCCCUUCAAGGAGACUGUGCGGAAAUGUGCCCGGAGCUGGGUGACAGCUGUGCAGCUCAUGGAGCAGAACCCUGAAUUCACCUUUGCCUGCUCCCAGGCCCAGCAGCUCGAGUGGGUGAAGAACCACUACCCUGGCCUAUAUACUCGCCUCCAGGAAUUUGCCAACCGUGGGCAGUUUGUGCCUGUGGGGGGCACGUGGGUCGAGAUGGAUGGAAACCUUCCCAGUGGAGAGGCCAUGGUGAGGCAGUUCCUCCUGGGCCAGAACUUCUUUCUGCAGGAGUUUGGGAAGAUGUGCUCUGAGUUCUGGCUACCAGACACGUUUGGCUACUCAGCGCAGCUCCCCCAAAUCAUGUGCAGCUGUGGCAUCAAGUACUUCCUGACCCAAAAACUGAGCUGGAACCUGGUGAACUCCUUUCCACACCAUACCUUUUCCUGGGAGGGGCUGGAUGGCUCCCGUGUGCUGGCCCACUUUCCACCUGGUGACUCGUAUGGGAUGCAGGGCAGUGUGGAGGAGGUGCUGAAGACGGUGACCAAAAACCGGGACAAGGGGCGGACCAACCACAGUGCCUUCCUCUUCGGCUUUGGGGAUGGGGGUGGGGGCCCCACCCAGACCAUGCUGGACCGCUUGAAGCGCCUGGACAAUACAGAUGGACUCCCCAGGGUACAGCUGUCUUCCCCAGAGCGCCUCUUCUCUGCACUGGAGAGCGACUCAGAGAAGCUGUGUACGUGGGUCGGGGAGCUCUUCCUGGAGCUGCAUAAUGGCACCUACACCACUCAUGCCCAGAUCAAGAAGGGAAACCGAGACUGUGAGCGGAUCCUGCAUGAUGUGGAGCUGCUCAGCAGCCUGGCUCUGGCCCGCAGUGCCCAGUUCCUGUACCCAGCCGCCCAGCUGCAGGACCUCUGGAGGCUGCUGCUCUUGAACCAGUUCCACGAUGUGGUGACUGGAAGCUGCAUCCAGCUGGUGGCAGAGGAAGCCAUGAGCCACUAUGAAGACAUCCGUUCCCAGGGCAAUGCACUUCUCAGCACUGCAGCUGCAGCCUUGUGUGCUGGGGAGCCAGGGCCCGAAGGCCUCCUCAUCGUCAACACACUGCCCUGGAAGCGCACUGAAGUGCUGGCCCUGCCCAAGCCAGGAGGGGCCCACAGCUUAGCCCUGGUGACAGUGCCUGGCAUGGGCUAUGCUCCUGCGCCCACCCCUACCUCCCUGCAGCCCCAGCAGCCCGUGUUCGUGGUACAAGAGGUGAGUGCUGGCACAGCCUGGGGGUGCAGGGCAGUCUUGGACCACCCUAACAGCAUGGGGGUUCUGAGCCUGCCGGCCUGGAGCCAGUGUGAGGUGGAGCUGGGAUGGGGCUGGGUGGCCGGCUGUUGGUUGGGAAGAAGCCCCUGCAGGCCCACCUCAAGGUUCCCCUCCCUCAAGACUGACGGUUCUGUGACUCUGGACAAUGGCAUCAUCCGGGUGAAGCUGGACCCCGCUGGCCGCCUGACGUCCCUGGUGCUGGUGGCUUCUGGCAGGGAGGCCAUUGCUGAGGGCGCUGUGGGGAACCAGUUUGUGCUGUUUGAUGACGUGCCCCUGUACUGGGACGCUUGGGAUGUCAUGGACUACCACCUUGAAACACGGAAAACGGUGCUGGGCCAGGUGGGGACCCUGGCAGUGGGCACCGAGGGCGGCAUGAGGGGGAGUGCCUGGUUCCUGCUGCAGAUCAGCCCCAAGAGUCAGCUCAGACAGGAGGUGGUGCUGGACGUUGGCUGCCCCUAUGUCCGCUUCCACACUGAGGUGCACUGGCAUGAGUCCCACAAGUUCCUGAAGGUGGAGUUCCCUGCACGCGUGCGGAAUUCCCAGGCCACCUAUGAGGUCCAGUUUGGACACCUGCAGCGACCCACCCACCACAACACCUCUUGGGACUGGGCUCGUUUUGAGGUGUGGGCCCACCGCUGGAUGGAUCUGUCAGAGCACGGCUUCGGGCUGGCCCUGCUCAACGACUGCAAGUAUGGCGCAUCGGUGCAAGGCAGCGUCCUCAGCCUCUCACUCUUGCGGGCAUCUAAGGCCCCUGAUGCCACUGCUGACAUGGGGCACCACGAGUUCACCUACGCAUUGAUGCCACACAAGGGCUCCUUCCAAGACGCCGGUGUUAUCCAAGCUGCUUACAGCCUCAACUUCCCCUUGUUGGCUCUCCCAGCCCCAGGCCGGGCACCAGCCACAGCCUGGAGCGCCUUCUCAGUGUCCUCGCCAGCAGUCGUGUUGGAGACCGUCAAGCAGGCGGAAACCAGCCCCCAGGGCCGCACACUGGUGCUGAGGCUCUAUGAGGCCCACGGCAGCCACGUGGACUGCUGGCUGCACACGUCACUGCCAGUUCAGGAGGCCUUCCUCUGCAGCCUCCUGGAGCAGCGUCUCCCUGCUGGCCACCUGCCCCUGCAGGACGCCCACCUGAAGCUCACCUUCUCUCCCUUCCAAGUGCAGUCAGUCAUGCUCGUUCUGCAACCCCCACCCAACUGAAUCCUGAGGUGGGAGUUUGUUCCUGGAUUUUAUAUGUUGUUCUUCCUCUCAGAGAGCAAGGCUGACUUGCCCCUUGCACAAUAAAUCCUGGCUAAGGAGCC